AUGAUAGCAUACAGUCUAUUGCUGACAAUUGUGCCAAUUGCUAUUACAUUAUUUGGUAUAGUAUCGUUAGUAUUGGGACAAAAUGCUAACUUAAAAAAUGCAGUAAAGACAGGAAUCCUCAAAUCAUUUCCAGCUGAUAUGCGUGAUAGUUUAUCAGUUAUAUUAAAUAAAGCACUUGAUCAGUUAGUGCAAGAUGCGGAUAUUAUUUUGAUUAUGGGUGUUGCACUUGCGAUUCUAGCCGGAUCAAGAUUAUUUAUAGCUAUCGAUGAUUGUCUAACAAUCGUUUAUCGUACACAAGAGCGACCGUUCUUAGACCAAAAUAUAUUAGCGAUUAAAGCGUUAUUAAUAUUUAUUUUAAUUAUUCUAAUUAUGUCCGCUGCAUCUUUCGCUCCAGCAAUGCUUCAAAGUUAUAUUUCGAAUGCAUUUCUUCGCUUUAUGAUGUACGUAAUCGGAAUUCUGAUUAGUUUAGCUUCAUCAUUUCUUCUAUUUGAAUUCACCUAUACUUAUGUGACAAAUAAACGAAUGACAUUUAAACUGACAUGGUUUGGUGCACUGGUAGCUGCUAUUCUAAUGCAAUUGUUUUUAAUUUUAUUUCCUUUUUAUGUAUCAAAUUUCAUGUCAACUUAUGCCGGUGAGAUUGGUUUUGCCAUUAUUUUGUUAUUCUUUUUCUAUUAUUUUGCUGCAAUAUUAAUUCUCGGCGCCCAAAUUGGUUCAUUCUUUUAUGAAGAAAUGCAGCCGUUUCCCUGUGCAUUCGGAACAUUUGUUCAAAACGCAUAUCAUGAACAUACUGAUGGUGAAGGUCAACAAUUGUUAUCAAAAACUGCUGAUUACUCAAAAUUUACAUAG